AUGUUGGCAAAAAAAAUAGUCUACAGUAAAAUUCACUCUGCUAUUGGAAUUUCAAAGGCUGGUAUAAGUGGUGGUGGGAGUUUACCUUCGCAUGUUGACAGGUUUUUUGAGGCAAUUGACAUAAAAGUGCAGAAUGGAUAUGGCUUAACGGAGUCGUCCCCUGUUGUAGCUGCUCGACGUCCAACCUGUAAUGACAGAACUGGAGAUUAUGGUGAAAGUAAUGUUUUGGUCCGUGACUAUCUUGGAGUAAUUCUAUCGGCUUCUAGUUCUUCCGAGAUUAAACAACCUUCCCCUUGGAAAACCUUGCAUCUUGGAGCAAAGUUCUCCUUUUACUGCCAAAAUUUUAGGAAUUUAACAUCUUUUUGCUUCUGGGAAACUAGUGACAUUGGUGCCAAGGGUUCCAUAUGUGAAAUUGCUAGCUGUGGUCUUUGUUCUCCCUUAUUGGGUAUUCUAUUUAUGGUUCUUGGCUCAAUUGGGCAUCCACUACCAUAUACAGAAAUGAGAGUGGUAGAUGCUGAAACAGAUGAAGUUCUUCCAGCUGGUUCUAAGGGUAUUGUAGAAGUUAGAGGACCACAAGUGAUGAGGGGUUACUACAAGAAUCCACUGGCAACAGAGCAAUCCAUAGAUAAGGAUGGUUGGCUAACCACUGGUGAUAUUGGUUGGAUUGCACCUCACCAUUCAGUAGGGCGAAGUCGUCACUCUGGAGGUGUUGUUGUUCUUGAAGGACGUGCUAAGGAUACUAUAGUUCUUUUGACAGGUGAAAAUGUUGAACCAUCAGAGCUUGAAGAAGCUGCCAUGAGAAGUAGUCUGAUUCAACAAAUUGUUGUCAUUGGCCAGGAUCAAAGACGACUUGGAGCUAUAAUUGUUCCAAACAAAGAAGAGACUUUAGUGGCUGCGAAACAGUUGUCUGUCUUGGAUUCUGAUGCCUCUGAACUUAGCAAGGAAAAAAUGUCUACCCUGUUGUAUGACGAGCUGAGGAAAUGGACCUCAGAGUGCUCAUUCCAGAUUGGGCCUAUCCUUGUCGUUGAUGAGCCUUUUACGUGUUAUUAUUUUAUCCAAGCAUUACUGCAAGUUCCAUAUAGCAAAAACAUGAUGCAAGUAAUCACAACUUCCUCCUUGAAGGCUACUAGCUGCUAGUCGAGCGUAUGAGGCCAACAUCUUAAAUAGCAAAUCGUCUAAAUUGAUGCAAUUUGGAAUCAUUGCUCGACUCGAGUAAUGCUACUUUCUCCAACUUCUUCGCAACAUCGACUUUGAAAUUAUUCCAUAAUACUAGACUCGUGAGAUGCUACUUUCACCAAAUUUGUACCCCGAAUUCCCCUCACCGAUUGAUGCGACACAUUCUCUACCAUUAGAUAAGUGCAUCCCAUUAACAUCUAACAGUGUUGAAUGUGUUUUGGAUAAAGAGCAGUGUAGGGUUUAGGAUUCAUUCCUCCAUUGUCAGGUUGAGGGCAGAAGUCUCUGUAAAAUCUGCAUUUCUAGUGAGUGGACAUAAGAAGACUAGAUGAACAUCUGUUUCA